UGCAGCGGGGGGGGGAGGUGCUCCAUCUCCCUCCCCCCCCCCCUUUUCUCCAGCAGUCCUCAGUCUCUUCAUCCAGCAGUCGCAGCUUCUCGAAUCAGGGCAGCGUCUUCGUAUCAGGAUGGGCCCCUGUGUCGUGUUGGUGGCUGUCACUGUCUGUCUGUCUGUCCCCAGCAUCCUUGGCAAGCCCCUGGGCCUACUGGCUCACGAUGACCUUGGAGCUCCCCUAAGGGUCAGAAGAAGCCUCCCAGCUAAUAUCCCUUAUGAAGCUGAUAUGAUGUCCUAUGUUCAACCAGAAGCUCUUCGAAAUGAACCAUUAUACGCUGACCUAAACCAAGCCAUGCUCGCCAGAUUUGCCGCCUACCCUCAAGAAGAACUCCUUGCUCAGGCCUUGGAAAGAAUGGGCUCCCCCCGCAGACUGGACUCGGCUCGGAACGGUCCAUCUCUACAACAGCUGGUAGAGGAAGGUCAGAGGAGAGACAAGGAGACCAUCUAUCUGGCUAAUCUUCUGCAUCUGUGGAAUCAGAUUAACCAGGGUAAGGUCUACACUGACCAGCUGCAGGCAUAUGCUGGCCCUGCUCAGCCUGAGGGAGACUACCAGAGACCUUACCAAGAUUAUGAUGAGACCGAGGUGGUGACCAGCCGGACACGGCCACAGGCCUCCCGCAACCAAAUGGCACAAGCUCUGCAGAGCUACUACCGACAAAACCGGGCAUUUGAAGGCCCUGCUUUACGGCUGGCACCAGAAGAAGCCAAUGAUGAUGGCUAUCCCAUGGAUGAAGAGAUGUUAAGGUACCUGGUGACGCGCGUCCUGUCAGCAAUGAGCGAAGCAGAAAUGCCUCAACGUUUGUCCUCGAAGGCACCGCGACGCAUGCGGCGUUCUCUGGAAGACGACCGCAGCGAGGAUGCCCCAGAAAAUCUCCUACGUGUAAAACGUCUAGAUACUGACAACCCUGACUAUGCUGCCAAUGGGGUAGUGCACAGGAAAAGACCAGAGGGGGAACUCGAACACCAGAGGGGAGCCCAGCAUUUCACAGAUCAAAGGGUCACUGAGCAGCUGCUAAAAUAUUUUCCUGAAUAAUUCUACAUAAAAUCCCACGUACAGUCCUCAGCACCAUGCUCACACCUUUCUCUGUACAUAUAUAUCUGUAAUACACAAUCAUGCAGUAUUUUGUUUGUCCCACACACACCCAUUUUCAAUUCUACCAUUUUAGAUCCAAGAUAGACUAACUACAGCCAACAGUUGAGGAACUAACUGCCACAAUGUGCCCUACCAGGUAUUGACAUGCUGGCACUUUGCCAUUCAUUACCAAAGUCUACCAAAACACCUGUAUG